AUGGCAAAUAAACUGAAUCUGAAUCUGAAUCAGCCUCAGCCUCAGACCGGUCCUCAGCCUCAGACCGGUUCUCGGCCUCAGCCUCAGACCGGUCCUCAGCCUCAGACCGGUUCUCGGCCUCAACCUCAGACCGGUUCUCGACCUCAGCCUCAGACCGGGCCUCAGCCUCAGACCGGGCCUCAGCUUCAGACCAGUCCUCGGCUUCAGACCAGUCCUCGGCCUCAGCCUCAGACCGGGCCUCAGCCCCAGACCGGGCCUCAGCCUCAAACCGGGCCUCAGCCCCAGACCGGGCCUCAGCCCCAGACCGGGCCUCAGCCUCAGACCGGGCCUCAGCCUCAGCCUCAGACCGGUCCUCAGCCUCAGACCGGUUUCUCGGCCUCAACCUCAGACCGGUUCUCGACCUCAGCCUCAGACCGGGCCUCAGCCUCAGACCGGGCCUCAGCUUCAGACCAGUCCUCGGCUUCAGACCAGUCCUCGGCCUCAGCCUCAGACCGGGCCUCAGCCCCAGACCGGGCCUCAGCCCCAGACCGGGCCUCAGCCUCAAACCGGGCCUCAGCCCCAGACCGGGCCUCAGCCCCAGACCGGGCCUCAGCCCCAGACCGGGCCUCAGCCUCAGACCGGGCCUCAGCCUCAGACCGGUCCUGGCCUCAGCCUCAGACCGGGCCUCAGCCUCAGACCAGUCCUCAGCCUCAGACCAGUCCUCGGCCUCAGCCCCAGACCGGGCCUCAGCCCCAGACCGGGCCUCAGCCCCAGACCGGGCCUCAGCCUCAGACCGGUCCUGGCCUCAGACCAGUCCUCGGCCUCAGCCCCAGACCGGGCCUCAGCCUCAGACCGGGCCUCAGCCUCAGACCGGGCCUCAGCCUCAGACCAGUCCUCAGCCUCAGACCAGUCCUCGGCCUCAGCCCCAGACCGGGCCUCAGCCCCAGACCGGGCCUCAGCCCCAGACCGGGCCUCAGCCCCAGACCGGGCCUCAGCCUCAGACCAGUCCUCAGCCUCAGACCAGUCCUCGGCCUCAGCCCCAGACCGGGCCUCAGCCCCAGACCGGGCCUCAGCCCCAGACCGGGCCUCAGCCUCAGACCGGGCCUCAGCUUCAGACCAGUCCUCGGCUUCAGACCAGUCCUCGGCCUCAGCCUCAGACCGGGCCUCAGCCCCAGACCGGGCCUCAGCCCCAGACCGGGCCUCAGCCUCAAACCGGGCCUCAGCCCCAGACCGGGCCUCAGCCCCAGACCGGGCCUCAGCCUCAGACCGGGCCUCAGCCUCAGCCUCAGACCGGUCCUCAGCCUCAGACCGGUUCUCGGCCUCAACCUCAGACCGGUUCUCGACCUCAGCCUCAGACCGGGCCUCAGCCUCAGACCGGGCCUCAGCUUCAGACCAGUCCUCGGCUUCAGACCAGUCCUCGGCCUCAGCCUCAGACCGGGCCUCAGCCCCAGACCGGGCCUCAGCCCCAGACCGGGCCUCAGCCCCAGACCGGGCCUCAGCCCCAGACCGGGCCUCAGCCCCAGACCGGGCCUCAGCCCCAGACCGGGCCUCAGCCUCAGACCGGGCCUCAGCCUCAGACCGGUCCUGGCCUCAGCCUCAGACCGGGCCUCAGCCUCAGACCAGUCCUCAGCCUCAGACCAGUCCUCGGCCUCAGCCCCAGACCGGGCCUCAGCCCCAGACCGGGCCUCAGCCCCAGACCGGGCCUCAGCCUCAGACCGGUCCUGGCCUCAGACCAGUCCUCGGCCUCAGCCCCAGACCGGGCCUCAGCCUCAGACCGGGCCUCAGCCUCAGACCGGGCCUCAGCCUCAGACCAGUCCUCAGCCUCAGACCAGUCCUCGGCCUCAGCCCCAGACCGGGCCUCAGCCCCAGACCGGGCCUCAGCCCCAGACCGGGCCUCAGCCCCAGACCGGGCCUCAGCCCCAGACCGGGCCUCAGCCUCAGACCAGUCCUCGGCCUCAGCCCCAGACCGGGCCUCAGCCCCAGACCGGGCCUCAGCCCCAGACCGGGCCUCAGCCUCAGACCGGGCCUCAGCCUCAGCACCCGUCACUCUUCUUUUGA